UUCUUUAAAACAGAGAAGCUAUUCUCGCUCUCUUGUUCGAAAUAAUAAAGAACCCCAAUUCACACACACUGCCUGAGAAAACCACACACACAACAUACGCGGUGAAUGCGUAUGAAAAACCUCUCUUCAUUUGAAGGCCCGAAGGGAUUCCCUGAAUUCUAGUUUCCAUGGCUCAAAAGCUGCAGCAGCAGCUGAAAGAGCUGGGAUCGAAGUUGGAGACUCCUCCGGCUUCGAAAGACGCUCUCAUUAAACUCUUGAAGCAAGGCGCAGCAUAUCUGUCUGAAUUAGAUCAGUCACCUCCAAAACCAAUAGUUGAGUCCAUGCAGUCUCUCUUAAAUGCCGUUGUAGAGCCAGAACUUUUGAAACAUCAAGAUCGGGAGGUCAAGCUCUUAGUGGCUUCCUGUAUCUGUGAAAUAACUAGAAUUACUGCCCCUGAGGCUCCUUACGAUGAUGAUGUUCUGAAGGAUACUUUUCAGCUGAUCGUCAGUACUUUCAGUGGCUUAAGUGAUAUAAGUGGCCCAACAUUUGGAAGGAGGGUUGUAAUUCUUGAAACCUUGGCAAGAUAUAGAUCUUGUGUGGUGAUGCUGGAUCUUGAGUGUGAUGAUCUCAUAGAUGAAAUGUUCAAUAUUUUCUUUGCUGUUGCCAGAGAUGACCACCCUGGGAAUGUAUUGACUUCAAUGCAAACAAUCAUGGAGGUUCUCUUGGAAGAAAGUGAGGAUGUACCAGAGAACCUGUUACUUAUUUUGUUGUCUAUUUUAGGCCGAGAUAAGGAGGAUGUAACUCUGGCUGCGAGGAGGCUUGCUAUGAAUGUGAUAGGGAAUUGUGCUGCAAAACUGGAACCUAGCAUAAAACAGUUUCUUGUGUCGUCGAUGUCAGGAGACAGCAGACCCCUAAAGUGUGAGAUUAAUUAUCAUCGUGUACUUUAUGACAUCUAUCGCUGUGCUCCUCAAAUCUUAUCAGGAGUUGUUCCAUAUCUUACUGGAGAGCUACUGAGCGAUCAGUUGGACAUUCGUCUGAAAGCAGUGGGUUUAGUAGGUGACCUCUUUGCUCUUCCGGGAUCUACUAUUUCUGAAGCAUUCAAGCCUGUCUUUUUGGAGUUCCUAAAAAGGCUGACUGAUAGAGUGGUGGAAGUCAGAAUGUCUGUCCUUGAGUAUGUCAAGAUUUGUCUUCUGGAGAAUCCUUUCAGGGCUGAAGCUCAUCAAAUGAUCUAUGCUCUCUCUGACCGGUUGUUGGACUAUGAUGAGAAUGUUCGUAAACAAGUUGUUUCUGUGGUUUGCGAUGUAGCAUGUCAUGCCCUCACAUCCAUACCAGUUGAGACUGUCAAACUGGUCUCAGAACGCCUUCGGGACAAAUCUCUUCUGGUGAAAAGGUAUGCCAUGGAGAGGUUAGCUGACAUAUAUAGAGUAUCUUGCAUGAAGCGGUCUAGUGAUUCAACGAAGGAUGAUGAAUAUGAUUGGAUUGUUGGCAAGAUUUUGAGAUGCUUUUAUGAUAAAGAUUUCAGAUCUGAUGCAAUUGAACCUAUCAUAUCUCUAUCCUUGUUCCCAGUUGAUUUUUCUGUCAAAGAUAAGGUGGCAAAUUGGGUUAGAAUCUUCUCUGGGUUUGACAAGGUCGAGGUAAAGGCUCUUGAGAAGAUCCUAGAGCAGAAGCAAAGGUUACAACAAGAGAUGCAGAAGUACCUUUCCCUCAGACAAUUGUCUCAGGAAGGUGAUGGUGCUGAGAUCGAAAAGAAAGUAAUGUUUUGCUGCCGUGUUAUGUCUCGCUGUUUUACUGAUCCUGCAAAGGCGGAGGAGAGUUUUCAGAUUCUUGACCAGUUAAAAGAUUCCAACAUUUGGAAAAUAUUGAUGCAACUUCUUAAUCCGGACACCAGCUCUGUUCAAGCUAGUAAUUUAAGGGAUGAUUUGCUGAAAAUCCUGGGUCACAAGCAUCGACUGUCCGAGUUUCUGAGCCUUCUUUCUUUGAAAUGCUCUUAUCUACUUUUUGACAAGGAUCAUGUUAAAGAAAUCCUUCUGGAGGCUGGAGUAAAGAAAUCUACUGGAAACACAGACUUAAUUUUAUCCUGCAUGACUAUUCUUGUGAUUCUUGCACGAUUUUGUCCUUUGCUGCUUGGGGGAAUUGAAGAAGAUUUGGUACCUCUUCUUGAGGAUGAUAAUGAAAUAAUAAAGGAAGGUACUUUGCAUAUUCUUGCGAAGGCAGGGGGAACUAUCCGAGAACAACUGGGUGUUUCAUCAAGAUCGUUGGACCUUAUUCUUGAGCGCAUAUGCAUCGAGGGUAGCCGAAGGCAGGCUAAGUAUGCUGUUCAUGCCCUGGCAUCGAUCACCAAAGAUGAUGGUCUGAUGUCACUAUCUGUUCUUUACAAGAGGCUGGUUGAUCUGCUUGAAGAGAAGUCCCGUUUGCCAGCUGUACUACAAUCUCUGGGAUGCAUAGCCCAAGCUGCUAUGCCAGUCUUUGAAACAAGAGAAAGUGAGGUUGAAAAGUUCAUCAAGGCAAAUAUACUGGAGCUUGGACAUAUUGCAGGAGAAAAAGCAACUGGUUGUUGGGAUGAUAGAAGUGAACUUUGUUCUUUAAAGAUUUUUGGCAUUAAAGCUUUAGUCAAGAGCUAUUUACCCGUCAAGGAUGCUCACCUUCGUUCUGGAAUUGAUGGCAUAAUUGAAAUCCUGAAGAAUAUACUCUUGUUCGGUGAUAUCUCAAGGGAGACUAAAUCAAGUUUAGUUGAUAAAGCUCAUUUGAAACUUGCUGCGGCAAAAGCUAUUCUUCGCCUAUCAAAGCACUGGGAGCACAAACUUCCUGUUGAUGUUCUUUACCUUGCAUUGAGAACUUCAGAGGACAACUUUCCUGAGGUAAACAAACUAUUUCUGGACAAGGUUCAUCAAUAUGUAAGGGACCGGAUUUUAGACCCAAAGUAUGCAUGUGCCUUCUUGCUUGAUAUUUCAUCAGAGUCGGAUUUGGAAGAGAAUAAACGCUAUUUGAAUGACAUCAUCCAGAUGUGUCGGCAAGGGAGGGGACGCCAUAUCUCAUUGCAGACUGAUGCAAUGUCUCCACCACUUUAUCCAGAAUACAUUCUCCCAUACGUGGUUCAUGCACUUGCUCAUCAUCCGUCAUUUCCUAAUAUUGAUGAAUGCAAAGAUGUCAAAAGAUUUGAACCUAUAUACAGGCAGUUGUAUCUAUUCCUGUCUCUGCUGGUGCAUGGUGAUGCAGAUGGCAAAUCUGAUGUCAGUAGCAAGGACAAGGAGAGCGUGUUACUUUUGAAUUCAUUUUUGCAAUGUAUCAAGCACUCCGAGGAUGCUUUUGAUGCAGCUAAGUCCAAGAACUUGUAUGCUCUGUGUGACCUUGGUAUGCCGAUUAUUAAGCGGUUAGCUCCAAAGCAAGAUGAUCUUCAAGAUUCUAGUGUGUCUGUGAUCCUACCUCCUGUGCUUUACAAACCACUUGAGAAGAAAGAGGAAAAUGACUCUCUGGUUGGUGAAGUGAAGACAUGGCUAGCAGAUGCGGGUGUCGUGGCCCACUUUGAAUCACUUCAACUGGAAGCUAAUGGAAUUGUUCAUUCAGUAAUUUCAGAGGAUGAUGUCAUGAAGGACAGUGAAACAGAGGGCAGUGAGAUGCCACUAGGAAAGUUGAUGAAACGUCUGAAAGCGAAGGCAGCAAAGGCAAAAAAAGAGGUGAAGUAUGAGCCUGCACAGGCUGGCGUGGCAAAUGAAAGUGAUUUUAUCUUGAAAAUGGUGAAGGAAAUAAAUACUGAUAGUUUGGUUGCAAACACCAAGUUUGAGUCAAGUAAUGGGCAUGGAUGUGCUCGCAGAAAGAGGAGAAGUGGCGAUGAAUGUGAGAAGAGGAAUAUGCUGUCUAGUGAAUCAACUGAUGUUCCUGUCCCAAAACGUAGAAGGACGCCAUCUGGUCAAGCCCACAGGUCUCCCCCAGCAGUUAGUUCAAAGGAUUCUAAGAGGCCCACUAAUGUGAAUCAGGAGAAUAUUAACAAUGACUCUGACAAAACGGAUGAGAAGCCUCAGACUAGUUCAGAAGAUCAAUGUAUGCAAGAAAAAACUGCUGAAUCCCCAGAGUUCAAAUUGCUAUCUUCACGUUUUAGGAAGAAAUCAAGCUCCUCGUCUAAGCAGAAAGGUAAACGUUCUGGCAGAGAUCACGAUGUGGUACUCAAUAACUCACCAGAAGCUAAGAAGCCUAAGAAAGUCCGGAAUACUGAAAGCCCACGCUCAAUAACUUCUUCCAAGUUGGGAUCUAUGAAGAAGCAAAGGCCAGAAAGUGUCAUGGGAAUAGGAAAGUGCACAACCAAAGACAACAGGAGUUCCGAAGAAGACUUAAUUGGUUGCAGAAUAAAAGUUUGGUGGCCCAUGGAUAAGCAGUACUAUGAAGGUGUUGUGAAGUCAUUCGACACCCAGAAAAAGAAGCAUGUGAUAUUAUAUGAUGAUGGAGAUGUGGAAGUCCUUCGAUUAGAAAGGGAGCGCUGGGAGCUCGUUGACAAUGGUCUGGAGGCCAAGCGAUCUGGUUCAUCCAAGGGCCUUCCUCCUAAAGGAGGAUCAUCUGGGCAGAGAAGGAAAUCAAGCGGAGGCCGCAAACAAGAUAAAAAAUUGGAAGAGAAAUCUCUUUCAUCUGAAGUAAGAAAAAGAACAGCAGGGAAAAGUCCAAAACAAAGGCCAAAAGUCAUGUUAAAGAGUAAAUCCUUUAGGGAAAGUGGUGGAAGCCCACAUGAUGCACACCCUGAGUUUACCUCCUCAGUUGAUGAUUCAGACUCAGAGAACCAAAGGACCGGGAAGAGUUUUGCUGAGGAGGAGCUAACUGACAAGGACCAGAAACAAGAGCAAGAUGUUGAGAAGGGAUUGAGUGAUGCAGAAGAGCCCAAAGAUGAUGAAAAAGAUUCCGAAGAUACUGAGAGUGACAAUCUUCGCGGAUCUCCACAUGAUGCUCAUGGAUCUGAUAAUGAAGCAAUUUCUUCUUCAGAUAAGAAGCAGCCAAAUAAGAUCAAUGAAGAAUCUGCGGAUGAAGCGGACAGCUUGCACAGCCACGCCACAGCGUCAGAGAAGAUUGACAAGAAGACUUCUGCUUCUGAUUCUUCAGAGACCGAGCUUUCAGACAACGAACCUCUGAGUAUGUGGAAGCAGCGCUCUGGAAAAAAGUAAGGCCAUGCAAAUAGUUGCCCAGCUGCUGCACAUUGGUGGCUGUGCUGGAGCAUGCGAAAUUAGUUGCACUUCUAAAUAGCUUACAGUUAAUAUUUAAGACAUAACACGAUUUAACUGCUGAUCUAAAUAAAUUUGCAUGCGAUUGCCCUGCUGUAGAUUAUGACACACCGUAGAAGUUACAGGAGAAGACGAUUCAUUCCUACAGGAUAAAAGACUGUGCCUUUAUUCAUAUUUGAUUCUCUUGUAUGUGCAAGAUCUUCUGUACAGCUACAAAUUGUAUGUACCUGCUAUUUGCAGAGUUCCUGAUUUUUAUGUAGAUUUCUAAAUUAUCAAACGUUAUUUGGUCUA